UUGGGUGGUGGGCGGGGCCUGGGAUCCGGGACUGCAGGGGCUGACGCCCCGGUUCCGCCGAGAAGUCGUCGUCAUGGUGGCUCCCGUGGUGUACUUGGUAGCGGCGGCUCUGCUUGUCGCCGUUAUUUUCUUCCUGACUCGCAGCCGGGGCCGGGGGACAGCAGCCGUCCAGGAACCACUGCACCAUGAAGGGGAGCCCGCAGCAGCAGGCCGCGGGGCCCAGCCUCGAACCCUGGAGCCAGAGGAGCAGAGAGCUGGGGCCAGGCCCCGCCGUCGGAGGGACCUGGGCAGCCGCCUGCAGGCCCAGCGUCGUGCCCAGAGGGCGGGCUGGCUGGAUGCAGAUGAGAACGAGGAGGAAGCCGGCGUCCCAGCCCAGGAGGAAGAGGACGUUGAGAAGCCCGUGGAAAUUCACACGUCGGGGAAAAUCGGAGCCAAGAAAAUGCGGAAGCUAGAAGAGAAGCAGGCGCGCAAAGCACAGCGUGAGGCAGAGGAAGCCGAGCGGGAGGAGCGGAAGCGCCUGGAGUUGCAGCGCGAAGCGGAGUGGAAGAAGGAAGAGGAGCGGCUCCGGCUGGAGGAGGCGCAGAAGGAGGAGGCAGAGAGGAAGGCCCGCGAGGAGCAAGCCCAGCGGGAGCACGAGGAGUACCUGAAGCUGAAGGAGGCCUUCGUGGUGGAGGAGGAGGGUGUGGGCGAGACCAUGACGGAGGAGGAGUCUAACAGCUUCCUGACGGAGUUCAUCAACUAUAUCAAGCAGUCCAAGGUCGUGCUCUUAGAAGACUUGGCUUCCCACGUGGGCCUGCGCACCCAGGACACCAUCAGUCGCAUCCAGGACCUGCUGGCUGAGGGCACACUGACAGGCGUGAUUGACGACCGGGGCAAGUUCAUCUACAUCACCCCGGAGGAGCUGGCAGCCGUGGCUACCUUCAUCCGUCAGCGGGGCCGGGUGUCCAUUGCUGAGCUGGCCCAGGCCAGCAACUCCCUCAUCUCCUGGGGCCAGGAGACCCCCGCUCAGGUCCCCGCCUGACCCGCCUCGCCGUCCUGGACUCGGGGCUGGUGGGGCCUCCUGGGCCGUGCCUCCCUUCGUCCCGAGACGGGUGUCAUGUUCCGGGGCAGGAGGAGAUUCUAGAUUAAAGGUCUGUGAGCACGGCA